GAUCUCCUAAUAUGGAAAACUCAUCUCGUGCAAUAAUUUUUUUCCUCAGUGGUUUGAACGACACAAAAUCAAACAAAUUGGUUUAUUUUUCCUGUUCGUUUCUCAUCUACUUGUUUACAGUUUUUGUGAAUAUAACUCUGGUUGUGACUGUUAUGCUGGACAGAGUUCUGCAUGAGCCCAUGUACAUCUUCCUGUGUAAUCUGUGUGUCAAUGGGAUUUAUGGUGCUACAGGUUUCUACCCCAAGUUUCUCCUGGACCUCCUAUCAGAUUCACAUAUUAUCUCAUACAGCGCAUGCUUAGCUCAAAUUUUUUUGGUCUGCAAAUAUGUGUUUUGUCAGUUUUCCAUUCUGACAGUGAUGGCUUAUGACAGGUAUGUCGCAAUAUGUAAACCAUUGGAGUAUCACUCCAUUAUGACCCCUGGGAAGGUGAGGAAAUUGCUGCUGGUUCCUUGGCUGUUAUCUUUGUGUGAGACAUUAAUUGGGUAUAUUUUGAUGGCCAGGUUGCCUUUGUGUGGGUUCAAAAUUGAUAAGCUUUACUGCAACAACUGGGAUGUGGUGAAGCUCUCCUGUAUAGACACCAGUGUGAAUAACAUAUAUGGAUACUCCGUAAUUAUUGCUCAUUUCAUCCAAGCAUUGCUGAUUGUAAUCUCCUACUUCCACAUCAUCAGGACUUGUGUGCGAUCGAAGGCAGAGCAGAACAAAUUUAUGGAGACCUGCGUGCCCCAUGUGAUCACGCUGACUAGUUUCUAUCUAUUUGCUUCAUUUGAUGCCUUGUAUACACGCUAUGGAUCCAGCAGCAGCCAGCAGGGUCUCCGUAACUUCUUCUCCAUAGAAUAUCUGAUCAUCCCUCCCCUGCUGGACCCCCUCAUUUACGGCCUCAAGCUGAAGCAGAUUCAGCGGAGUAUCAGGAGGCUGCUCAGCAGGAAAGUCAGUGCAGGGACAUAGAUUCUAGAAUGUUCUUCCUCUCAAUAUUUUGUUUGAGUAACCUUUUAUGUGUCACCAAUGCAAUUUAAAAAUGAGACACGUUUAAGAAAAUCUAGGGUUCUGACACUGAAUUAAUUAGUAUUUAAGUAUUUUAGUCUUUUUUAAUGUGACCUGUUUAUUCUGUUUACAUGCAUAUUGUAUGUUAUGCUGGGUUGGAGAAAAUACAAAACUAAUUUGUUUUCAUGAGAGUGACAGUAAAGAUAUCUAUGUUUCUGAUGUAAACAUUAAAUGCAUUUGGUAUAAAUGCUGUUACUUUACUGAUGAAUAUCAUCCUCAUCACGGAAAAGAAACGUAAUGUGUUUUUUCUGCUGAAUGAUUUUCCCCCAAUGAAAUGCUGUGGUUAGUGGUUAGUUGCCUCACGCCUCCUGAGAUCAGGGUUUGAGUCUCCCCCUCGGCUAUCUGUGGAGUUUGCAUGUUCUCCCCAUGUCGUCAUGGAAUUUCCUCCCACGGCAGAAAAACACGAUGACAUGAAGCUGCCAGAUUGUCCAUAGGUGUGAAUGAUGUGACACCCUGCGGUGGCCAAGUGAUUGAAUCAUUAAACAUUUUGUGUGAUUGACCCUUAAAGUGUAACUGUGCUGAUUUCAAAAUUAGUCAAAUUAAAGCAUGACGGGAGCUCA